AACGGAAAUACACGCGAUAAAUAGUGGUAUCUGAUACAGCUGAGAUGGCGGAAACCUAACUACACUGGAAAUCCAUAUUUCCUACACGUGUUUCCAUACAUGGUUAUUUCACGGUGAGAAUCGUACAUUGGAGAGAGCAAUCUAAUAAACACCAGACGAAUUAGAAAACCCUAAAACCGCAUUAAGGCUUCUCUAGAUCUACUUAGUCUAAUUACUCCAGGAGUUCACAAAGAUAAUUUUGAAUCCUUAAAAUUUCCCAGGUUUAUCUUAUAAAUAUUACCUGAUUUUGCCAAUAGACGAGUUUCUUUUUUUUUUUUAGAUAGUUUUCGAACAAUGUGCUAUAUUUUUUGAAAAUGUAAUACACAACAUUUUGAUUAGUGGAUUUAUAUCCAAGAUUUGGUGAAUAUAUAUAUAUACAAUGUUUAGCAUACAGAGAGUGGGUCAAACCGAACCCGAUCAUGCAGUUAAUCACUAAUCAUGUCCUCUAAUCCGGUAUUAAGAUGAAUUGCCUGUGUCACGUAUAUCACGUGUUCCUUUGAUCUCAAAUAUCUUAAAGAUUUUUCAUUUUAAGACACUGGCAAUUUUGUUUCAUGUAUUUUAUAUGGUAUAAAUUCCUGUUAAAAUGAAUGUCAAUUUCAAAUAGUGUACAUGUAUCUAUCUAAGAACUUAGAAGCAGCCUAAAAUUGAAUAAUUUCACAAAAACACAAAGUUAUUCGGUGGAAAUAUAGAAUGUUUUGCUGAGCCUCGACGAAAUUAGUAAAAGUAUUAUAUCGAAUAAAUUGAUAAGUUGGAAACAACUGCAAAAUAACAUAUCAACAAAUGUCAUUUAAUUUUCGUCACAAAAUACCAGGACUGGUCAAUCUAUUUACAUAAAACGGUUAAUUAGUUCCUAAUACAUGUAUACCAGUAUGUGUGUUUGUGUGUGAAAAAUGCUAAUAAUUUCACUACUUUCAUCUACAAUGUUAUGUUUAUUUGGCCGAUUGUUAUCUUCGACGUAGGAUUUGACUAUGAAUACUGUUAUCAAAUAGCAAAAAACAGGACAACACACUAAGCAUCUACCUCUGCACUGGUAAUCAAAGGUUUGAAUAACCGAUUAUCAAACCGCAUGCACAUCAGCAAAAACAAAAAAGAGCUAGAAUUCAUUUUAAAAUUCAUUAAUAAUCAAUUAAUGCAUGUAAACUGAAAAAUCAAGAAUAUACCAUCAAAUCGACGUUUGCUGAAUGCAACACAGUAGUCCAAGACUUUACAAUUCAACAACGCGGUGUUAUUUUUUUCUCUUUCAAUGAGAGGUUUUCCUUAGCCUAUCAUCAAUUAUAAAACAAAACUGUUCCCAGACACCAGACAGUGGAGGGUUAGUUAAUGAAUCUGUCAUUAGCCGCGGUCCGUACACCCCCAUCCAAUCGAUUACCCGGCGUUUCUCUCUCCCUCUGUCUCUCCGGGUUGAAUGGGUAAGGGAAACGUUCCAGAUCGUUCAGGAAGACAUUCAUUUCGACGAAAUCAAUAGAUUUGACAGACCAAUGGUUUUCUUGUCCUGUACAAGUCAUUAAACUGGAGCUACCAAUCAGGCUCCCACAAGGUGAUGGCUAACCUUGUUAUAACCUCAAAGUGUACGGUGGUCAUUGUUUAAAAGAAUGCACGAGUCCUCGGGUCUUCACAUCGCGUUUGGGAUUCUCUCGGCAGACGAAACCCUAAAUGACGUCAUCACCAACGAAAGUCAUUCCCAUCUGAUAACAGACGAAGAACUGAAUGUAGUGUGGCGGAUCUUUGUGUUCGGAUUAAUCCCGCUGUUUUCUGUGUUUGGAGUGAUUGGUAAUAUACUCAGCCUUGCCGUGCUUUAUCACCAACGAAUGAGGAAUCCUACUAAUUCUUGCCUCGCCGCUUUGGCUCUCUCAGAUCUUGGAUUUCUUGUGCAAAGUCUUCUUUUCGUGGGGACUAACAUCCAAAGCGUAUAUGAUCCGGUGCUAGGGGAAGAAAGAAGUCAGAUACUGUAUCCCUGGUUCGGGGCUUACGCCAGUUUAGUAGCCUCGAGGAUUUCUUCCAGUCUUAUACUGCUUUUAACAAUAGAGAGGUUCAUUGCCGUUUGCUUUCCCAUUCGAGCCAAACUUAUAUGUAACAGGCGGUGUACGAUGGCUUGCUUGAUAUCUAUAUGUCUAGUGACGACUUUACUAUUUGUUCCUUAUGCUCUAAAAUAUGAAAUCGUAUAUCUACAGGGUAACAUCACGCACACUCCCAUGCGUCUAAUGUCUUCUAAACUGGGCGAAAAUAAAGAAUUUUUCGAAAUCUAUGGAGUGACUUUGAAUAUUGUUUACAGGUUUAUACCAAUAACGCUGGUGUUAAUUCUAAAUACCAGGAUCAUCCUAAUUACCCGAAAAACUUGCUCAAGCCGUAAACUGAUGGGAACUUUAGACGCAAAGGUUUACUCCAACGAACAGACCCGGAUAACGUUCAUGCUGGUGACCGUGUCCCUACUGUUCGUUCUGUGUACGUUACCGGGGGCCAUACAGAGCAUCCUGUCCCACUACUUGGAAGGCUACACCAUGACGGGACAACACCAGUACGUCUUCCGGUGUCUCAGCUACGUCAUAUACUCCUUGGAAACCUUCAACUCGUCCGUCAAUUUCUUCAUCUACAUGGUGAUGAGUAAGACGUUCUCGAAGACUUAUAAGGAAAUGUUUUGUUGCAUGAAAUCUCAGACCCAUUACCGAGUGCCUUGCAACUCUAAAGAGUCCAUACGAAGUCUACAAAAGAGUGACACUAAGAUCCUCAACAGUAGCAUCAGGGAAAUUCCGCAUUGAUAGUCAGACUUCUAAUGAUUGACUUGUGGUUAUUUCUCACAGCUCCCUAGGGGCACAUAACUCUACCUCCUACUAGUUAUUAUGGGGGCAGUAACCAUGGAUUACAAGUCUUGUGGUUUGGUACAUGCAUUUAUUAGUUUGUUUACUAAGGAAUAAAACUUUUAUUACACGACAAUGUACGAUUUCCUGGCAGAUUAACAGACAUUUAGCCACAAAAUCUUUAAAGAUUGUUUGUCCUCAAUGUAUUUGGAGCAUUACUAUUUUGGGGAAACAUCUGUUUACAGUAUCUCAGACAGAAUUCCCUUUUGUUUGUUUUCUUUACCCCAAAUUUCUAAAAUCGCUAUUCAAGUGUGUAUCUCUGCACUAUUAGUAUACUGUAGUAACUAGGAAUCAAGCCAUGAAUAAUUCAUGUUGAAACCAAUAGAAGACAAUCUUUUGAAAAGCCAUUUCACUAAGUACUCUGUGAAUGGCCGAAUAUUUCAAUGUUAUGGUUAAUAUCUCCUUGUCUGUAGAACAGCCACUUUGUGUUCACAUUGUCUGCAGAUUGUCUAAAGCCGUUGCUUUCUUAUUCAGAAUAAAUCACAAGUUAUUAUUCUUGUCUGACACUCUGGAUCUAGCCGUUGUGUUAUUUGAAAGACUGGGGAUCGAAUGCACUCUUGUCAAUAAACGUAUAAUAAAUAAAUAUAUUUGACAGCUAGAAAAUUAACACCACACGAGACGGGUUUUUUUUACUGAACAAACCGUAAAUGACCAAAUGAAAGAUAACUUUAAGAAUAUGUGUCACCAAAAGCCGUAUUACGUGGACUGAAUAAUGGGGUAACAUCCCUUACCUGUAUUAUCCAACUUUCACCUUAGUAGCUUACCUGCGCUAGCUAGCUUUGACUAUGUUAUAAACAAUACUCAAGCGCAUUCACAAAGAGACACUACAGCUCAUUUUCUCAUCUUGGUUAUUCCCUUUUUUAACACAGUUCAAUAAAAGAAUAGAGGUUAUGCAUGUACCGAGUGUUUCAAUCUUUUUGCUGCAAUAAUAAGCUCGCUAUGGCGAAUUAAAAAUGGUUCAGAAAUCAAACUUUAUAUCACACGACGGCAAGUUGUCAAUGGAAUUGAAGUUAAUUUUAUAGAAAUAAACAGGAAGUGAAAAUAAUUCAUGCGCAGUGUCAUGCACAUCUUAAUUCUUAAUGUUAAGAAACAUCUUCUCUUGUUACAACCCCGGAACGUUAUUUCACAUGAGGCACCCGACAAAGAAGGGAUAUGGAAAUGCUCGGCGGAUCUAGAUGUUAAAAUAUUCUUAUUCAAUUGUAAUUAAAGGAUGCAUUGAUGACAAAAGCAGAUUUAUUAUUUUUAUCUCUUACAAGUUAUAUAGUUUGCACCUGUCUUUUGUCUCCACUAUUUUUAGACGGGGUCACGUGACCCCGUCUAUUAGUUUACUGUCAGCCGAAGUCUCAACCCGGAAGGCACGCGCAGAACACAUGAAUUGAGUCUACGCAUAAGAAAAUAGUACAGAAACUUUUCAUGCAUUUCAGUAAAUAUAUAUUAUAAAAACACGCAUUAAAUCGUUUUAAGUCCUCCAUGUAUAAACUACAUUCUAUAAAGAAAAUUGAAAAAAAUAUUCUUGCUCGGGUUCUAUAGUUGUAGUGAUUUGUGGAAUGGGUUACAUAACUGAAUGCACAACGCCGUCGACGAUUCAGUUAGUGGACGAGCUCAAUAAUAGAAGAGGUUGAAAGUUGAAUCGAAAAUAAAGUUCCCAAACGCAAUGUGCCAUUUUUUAAAAGUUGUGAAUUUUAUUUUAACAAUCAAUCACCUGAAAAAUACCGAACUUCAUGCGCGAGCCGAGAUUAAAAUCUGGACGGGCUAUGCACAGAUGUCUUACAUAUAAAUAGGUGUUUCAUUGGCUUCCAGUCUACUUGCGGUAUGACUGCUGUUCAUCUCUAUCGGAAUUUUGUUCCAAGAAAAUAAAGAGAAGUCUGAAUUUGCCUUCUCGUUCAUUGACUCUUUGAUAAUUAAACUCAAUUUAAAUUUUGAACAAUGCAUUGUAAGCAAAAUCUAUAUAUAUUAUACAUUUUGGGUGACCAAUAGAUCAUAUAAUAUAUACAAUCUUAUCGAUUGAAGAACCAAGUUAACUGUUAAUAUUCAUGUUGUACGGCUUAGUUGGAAUAUAUAAUUAUAUAUUUUUUUUAAUGUUAUGAGACAUAAGUUUACACUUUUUUCUAUACUGCAUAACGGACAAAGCCAGUCAUAUUCAUGAUUUAAAAGAAUUCUUCAUCAUGUCUUAAUGUCUCUCAUCAGAACUUCAGCUGAUCUUUCUCCCAUCGGUAAAAUUUUCGCACCAAUAUUAGACCUAUGAAUUCAGAGAUAAUGCAUAAAUGUUAUGUUUUAAAUUUUUAAUUGACCGUGUGGUAGUACAUGUAAAUAAAUAGUACUUAUCUCAAUUUUCAAUUUUAAGAAGAUUAAAAACCAAAAGGUUUUAUCGUAGUUAUAAAAUCUGACUUACACAUCCUUUAUUGUAGCUCUCCGAAAAGAUUGAAAUUAAAUCGCUUUCGAAAUUGAGUUCAUUUUUUCCAAGACACGCAUGAAAAUGUGCGUUUAAUAGACGAGAGUGCAUUGAAAGGUCACAGAUCCCUGAAAUGACAAUGUCCUACAACAUUUAUUAAUAUUGCUGUUAAAAGCGUUAACUUUACAUAUAUUAGAAAUUUUAAAAUCAAAUACUUCUGAAUUUAAAUUAACAAUUUACAAUUAUCAUACAAUAAUGUUUGCUUUAUCAAUUUUUAGUGAAACAUAUUACCGCCAUGUGAAUAUUUUUUCCUAGACAUGAAACCAACUCUCCUUCACUAGCACUAAGUAACUGAUCUGGACAUUUUCCUUAUUUUUUUUCUAACCAGUCCUUUAACUGACUUAUCUCUGUAUAUUUAUCAGUUAAUGAUUUAAAUUAUCUACCUAAAUAUAGUUGUUUUGAUUUUCCCGGUUAGUUGUAGUUUUUAAAAAAAUUUCCUUGGAGCCUUAUUUUACAUAAGAUACCGUUGUGUCAAUUUUCUUCAAUUAUGAAGAACAGUCCCGGCCGGGAUUUAGUAAUAUUUAGACAAAGUAUCAGGCAAUUGCAAAAAGCCGAAUUUUAACAUACUAAACUGAAACAACUAAUUCAAACUCAUAAUUUUUGGAACAUAUUCAAGGAAAACUUGGACAAUUACAAAUUCAAACUUUUAAGACCCCGUCUUUUAGUACUCUCAGUACUUUGAUUAUCCUUUUAUAGCCAAACCUGCCGAAAUUCGUAGUCUUUUCACCCUCUUGCUGAAAGCCACGCUGAAAUGUUUACAAUCGAUGAGCAUGCGCAUCUUAAACGAAAGGCUGGGUUAGCAAUGUUUACUUAUGGACCGUCUAAAAUUAUUAGUUUUAGCGAUAAAAUGAGAGUUUUUAUAUUUCACAAAGCGUAAUUUUUGCAAAAGUUCAGUUGUCAUUUCGUGGAAUUUACGCAAAAUGAACUGGAAUGUCUCUUUAAAUGCAUACAAAUCAAAUUAUACAACUUGUAAAUACCUUUUUUUUUUAAUUUGAAAAGGGUUUCAGAAUUCACAGUGUAAAUUCCAAAGAGAGAAUUAUCUCCAUGAACAACAGCAGCAAAUAGAAAUGGUUGAUAAUUGGAUGCUUAUAACUUUUUUAUACUUAUUUCAGCUUUUUGCGCAGAUAAGCUUAUUAUUGUCUUGAUUUCCAUAGAGUUACUAUAGAUACAGUAACAACAUUGCUAUUAUCCUAGCUUUAACAGUUACAUUUCAAAAAAUAGCUGAAUGCUUGUCAUCUAAAAAGAGUUUUUUUUUAUCAUUGUAGAUACCAGCAUUUGAGUCAUUCAAAUUUUAAUUCACAGUUUGGCUGAAUAAGCACCAAAACCAUUAAAAUCGUCAUUGAAAUGGAUUAAUUUCCUGCUGUGCAUGCUUGUAUAAAGCCCAUAAAAACGUGACAUUAUCUAAAACUCUGAAACGUGACAAAGAAGAUGAUCUGUCUCAAUCCGUCACUGAUGACAAUGCUGGGUCUGUAGUGACAAUAAGGAUGCUGCCCUUCCCAGGUUUAUGAGUUGUAUAGCUUAUCAAAGUAUCUGUGUUCACUUCAUUAAAGUCUGCCAUGCUUAUAUAACUUGGUAUGGUUGUCUGCA